UUCCAAGCGUCUUUCGUAUGUAGUUGUCGUAGUUAGGAAUUAUCUCGAGUUUCUCAAAGAGGCUGUGUUGGGCUCAGUCUUGCCACGACUAAGUAAUGAAUUGUCAAGAGAAGGUCUAUCAUGGAGGGAGUUCUCUAUAAAUGGACCAACUAUAUUAGCGGUUGGCAGCCUCGUUGGUUUGUUCUCGAGGGAGGCACUCUCUCCUACUAUGACUCUCAAGAAGACGCAUGGAAAGGAUGCAAGGGCAGCAUCAAAAUAUCUGUGUGUGAAAUACAGGUUCACCCAUCAGAUUUUACAAGGGUUGAUCUGAUCAUUCCAGGAGAACAAUACUUUUAUCUCAGGGCUAUUAAUGCAGCAGAGAGGCAGAAAUGGCUUGUGGCGUUGGGGACUGCCAAAGCCUGCCUCACAGACAACCGAACCAAGAGAGAGAAAGGUGAGUGUUGUAUUUCUGCUGUAAUAGACAAGAUAUUCUAUGUAGAUCAUCUAGCUUGUGUUAAUAUGACCGUGAAAUAUGAUAAUGUAAUAUACACUACUGUUUAGGUUGGCAGUUUGCAG